CCCGACACAUCAUCACUAAGACCUUACUUACAACCCUACAUCUGUUCCUCAUCAUCAUCAUCCUCUCAAUUUGGAGUAAUUUCUCCCCAACAAAAUCACACAGAUCUUUGAACCAUUUUUGAGUGUCGGCCAUGGCCUGCCCUCGCUCCCGAUGAACUCAAUCAAACGCUAUCUCCUCAGUCAUCGCCAUUGUUAUUGAGUUCUUGAAUCGUUUUCAAAGUCAAUCAAGGGCUCAUCAUCUGUAACUGUAAGUAACCCAAUCAAAAAUCUCAGCUUUCCGGCCAUUCAUCGUCCCUCCGGUUGAAGUCUGAUGCUUCCCGGAACCCCUAAGGCCGCCAAUUUCCGGCAUCACGUCAGCAGAUGGAUUCUCCCCUCCGUCAUCGUCCUCCAGAUUCUCGUCUUCUACUCCGCCCGCACUCUGCCCUUCUCCGCCACCGCGUCCUACUACCUCCACCCGCUCGCCGCCGCGAAGCCCGCAACUAUCCCCGCCGUCGACCCCCGGUGUCCUCUCGGUAAAGUGUACAUCUACGACCUUCCUAGGGUUUUCAACAGGGAUCUGAUGGAAAACUGCGACGAUUUGGACCCGUGGCACUCCCGCUGCCAAGCGCUCUCCGACCACGGGUACGGGCCGAGGGCCGCCGGGAUUUCGGAGAUAUUGCCGGAGAAUCUCGCCGCGUCGUGGUUCUGGACGGACCAAUUCGCCCUCGAGCUCAUCUACCACCACCGGAUGGCGAAUUACAAGUGCCGGACGGCGGAUCCGGAAUCUGCUGCGGCGUUCUACAUCCCGUUCUACGCUGGACUCGCGCUGGGCAAGUACCUGUGGCCCGUCCGAUUCAAUUACACCAACGACGACCGCGACCGCCACUGCCGAUUGCUGUUCGACUGGCUCGGGGAUCGGCCCCAGUGGAAGAGAUCGCAGGGGCGGGAUCACUUCAUUGCCAUGGGCCGCAUCACAUGGGAUUGGCGCAGGAGGGAAGGAAUGGACUGGGGCUCCAAUUGCAUCUUCACGCCCGGAAUGCGUAACGUCACGCGCCUCCUCAUCGAGGGCCACCCGUGGGACUACUACGACGUCGCCGUCCCCUACCCCACCGGAUUCCACCCCAGCACGGCGGAGGACAUCGCCCGGUGGCAGGAUUUCGUGCGCGCCCGCCGGAGGAGCACCCUGUUCUGCUUCGCCGGAGGCCCGCGCCGGAAAAUCAAGAACGACUUCCGGGCCCUUCUUCUCUCCCAGUGCCUGAGUUCUGGCUCCUGCAAGUCCGUCGACUGCGGUCGGGACAAGUGCACAAACGGCACGCCGGAGAUUCUAGAAGCCUUUCUGGACUCCGACUUCUGCCUGCAGCCGCGCGGCGACAGCCUGACGAGGCGGUCAACGUUUGACUGCAUGGUGGCGGGUUCGAUCCCGGUUUUCUUCUGGAGGAGAUCCGCGUACUAUCAGUACAAGCUGUUCUUGCCGGAGGAACCAGAGAGUUACUCUGUUUUCAUACACAGGGACGAGGUUAAAAACGGGACAUCAAUCAAAUCCGUGCUGGAAACAAUAAGCAAAGAAAGGGUGAGAAUGAUGAGAAACAAAGUGAUUGAUUAUAUACCCAAUCUGAUAUACGCAAAAGCGGAGAGGGGCAUUGAUGGAAUUAGGGACGCGUUUGAUAUUGCCGUGGAAGGAGUCUUGAGAAGAAGCAAUGAGCGCUAGAAAUGGCCGGAAAUAUAUAUAUAUAUAUAUACACUUAUGUUUGUAUUGCCGGCGGCGGUGAUUUGUUUGUUUAUUGUUUGCUUAGUAGUGGUAGACUGGUAGUGCAAAGAGAAGAAAAAGACUGCAAAUUCACAUGUAAUAGAAUUGUUUUGUAUUCUUUCUUUCCAUUUUGCUCAAUAAAGAUGAAUGAAUUCU